CGUGGGUAGAGCUACUUCUCUCAGCUUCUUUCCUGUCACUGGUGAAACGUGAAGUUUAUUUAGAGUUGUAUAUGUCUUAAAAGACAGUUGAAAGACAGAACAAUGACACAAAACCACCUGUCGGGAAUGGAGGCGUCCGCCGUGUCUGUCUUGAAGCGAGCGGUGGAGCUGGACCAGAGCGAACGUUUCCAGGAGUCUCUCAUCUGCUACCAGGAAGGCAUCCAGCUGCUUAUGGACGCGUUAAAAGCUGUAAAAGAUGACUCAAAGAGAGGACACUACAGAGAGAAGAUAAAGGGCUACAUGGACAGAGCAGAGCAAAUCAAAGUUCAUGUGAAUCAGAUGAAGGAAGAUGGGAAGUACCACGAGCAGAUAAGAAUAUCAGAGGAUGCUACUGGUUACAGCUACGAGGUUCUGUUCAAGCCAUACAUCAGCAGCGCUCUCACUGAAGUCUGGGUGGAGGACCCGUACAUACGGCACACCCACCAAUUGUACAACUUCCUUCGGUUCUGUGAGAUGCUGCUAAAAGCCCCCUGCAAGGUGAACAAGAUCCACCUCCUCACGUCGCAGGAUGAAGCUGAUAGUGGCCAGCAGAGCGGCGCUCUGGCCGAGUUGAAAGAGAGUCUCAGCGCUCACGGAGUGACUCUAGACCUGCAGUACUCCUCCACUAUCCAUGACCGGGAGAUCAGGUUCGAUAAUGGUUGGAUCAUAAAAAUUGGAAGAGGGUUGGAUUACUUCAAGAGACCUAAAGGCCGAUUCUCUGUUGGAUACUGUGACUAUGACCUCAGGCAGUGCCAGGAGACCACCGUAGACAUUUUCCACACCAAACACACAAAAACUCUAUGAGACUCACAAAGCUAAAAUGAUUAUUUUUUUUGCCAUGCCGUUUAAUUUACUUACCUGCCUUCCAAACACAAGCAGAUCUACAGUAUUGUAGGAUUUGCUUUAGCUUGCGGGUCUCUGGGGACUGACUUUUAUAACAAGAUGGGUUACUGUUUGAUUUCUGCUGCACUGGAACGUCUUAAAUUUCUGCUAACUGUACUGCCGCUGCUAUUGGUGAAUUUUUAAGUUCAGUUUUCAGUUCUUCAGUUUUCUAUGAUUUUUUUUUUUCCGUUUUCUAUGAUAUUUAUGAAAAAUAUGGAUAUUUUUAUCAUUUUUUUUUACUUCCACAGAUUGUAAUUCUACAGAGACCUUUUUUGGGGAAAAUUAAUUAUUUCAAAACAUUUUUUCUAGAUUACUUUACACAAUUAAAAAUGUAUUUUUGUUUAAAUCAAAUUUAAAUUUAAAAAUUCAAAACCAAAACAUAUUUAAAACGCAUUAAUAGUAAAAUGUGUUACAGGAUUGCCAACUUUAGGCCCUUUUUAAAUGAAUUGCUUAUGAUGGGUAAUUGGACCUCUAGGUAAUGAAACAUUAGGCCCUUUUCAGUUGACUGGAAAUGUACCGUCCUGAUUCUAUUAGUAGAUUAAAGAAACCAAACAUGGCCCUAAAUAUCGUUUUGUACUGAAAAAUGAAUAAAAUGUAACAGAUUUUAAACUAUUUAUAAUACAUAAAUGCAGAAUAAAUAUUAAAACUGACCAAAGUGUGCUGAAAGAUUGUGAGAUGCUUUCUUGUUUUCUACAGAAUAGAAAAAGUCCAAGACACAGAUAAAAUGAAAACAGUGACCAAGAGGACGAGAGUGGGUAGAGUUACACAGAAAGGUGCACUUACAGAAAGUGUUUAUGGUAAUCAGCUGGUUGUUUUCCAGGUUAUUAUAGGGUUAGGGUGGAGGAUUACACUAAAACCUAGAAUUAAAACAUUUUAUUGAACUAAAAAACAAAAACUAGACUUGGAAAAAAAUUAAACUAACUGAAACGAUUUUGUGAACUUGGAAAACUGACUCAAAAAUGGUAAAUGGCCUGUAUUUGUUUAGCGCUUUACUUAGUCCCUAAGGACCCCAAAGCACUUUACACUACACUA